AUGGCGAAUCACUGGAGUGUCACUUAUUUUACAGCGUUGGUUCUGCUAUGCUGCUUAACAGAGAAAAAAGCAGAGACUCAAGCAGAGCCAAAGUCUUUUUACCCUUGGCCGCCGAUGUCUUUGAAUCCUCAGAAGUCUCAAAACCCUCAGGAUCAGGAUGUUUUAAGGCCACAGGACAAUCAGCCUCAAACACCUUCAGAGUGCCCACAUUCUCAAAAAAAGGUUCAAUUCCCCCAGCUUCCUCAGUACCCUCAAACUCCUCAGUACCCUCAACCUCCUCAGAGCCCUCAAAUGCCAUCGAAGCCUCAAUACCCUGAACCUCAACCUCCUCAGAACCCUCAGAUGCUGUCAAGGCUUCAGUAUCCCCAGACUCCUCAGAGCCUUCAAAUUCCUCAAAACUCUCAACCACCCUCAAAGCCUCAAUACCCUCUUCCUCCUCAGUACCCUCAAAUUCCACAGAUUCCUCAGAUACCAUCAAAACCUCAGUACCCCCAACCUCCACAAAACCCCCAAACACCUUCAAAGCCUCAGUACCCUCCACCUUCUCAGAACCCUCAACUUCCUCAAAUGCCAUCAAAACCUCAGUACCCUCAGUCUCAGCAGUACCCUCAGCUCACUCUAACACCUUCAAAGACUCAGCUUCCACAGUAUCCUCAACUGCUCCAGAAACCUCAAUCUCCUCAGAUUCCUCAACCACCUUCAAAUCCUCAGUAUCCUCAACUGCCACAGAACCCACAGAUGCCAUUUCCUAAGUACCCUCAGGUUCCCCAAUACUCCCAGUCUCAUAAAAACCUUCAGGUUCCCCAGUAUCCUCAACUUCCUCAGAACCCUCAGACACCAACAAUGCCUGAGUACCCUCAGCCUCCUCAGAACCCUCAAACACAUUCAAAGCCUCAAUACCCUCAGCCUCCCCAGUACCCCGAGCCCCCUAAAUACCCUCAGGCUCCCCAGUACCCUCAACUUUCUCAGAACCCUCAGAUACCUUCAAAGCCUCAAUACACUCAGCCUCCUCAUUACCCACAAUCUCCUAAAUACUCUCAGGCUCCCCAGUAUCCUCAACUCCCUCAGAACCCUCAAACACCUUCCACACCUAAAUACCCUCAGCCUCCUCAAAAUCCACAACUUCCUCAAAGCCCUCAGACACCUACAAAACCUGAGAACCCUCAGCCUCCUCAAUACCCUCAACUUCCUCAGAGUCCUCAGACAUCAACAAAGCCUAAAUACCCUCUGCCUCCCCAGUACCCCCAGCCUCCUCAGUACCCAACAAAGUCCCAGCCUCCUCAAAUGCCAACAAAGCCUCAGUACCCUCAGCCUCCCCAGUACCCCCCACCUCCUCAGUACAUUCAAGUUCCCCAGAACCCUUCAACACCUUCAAAGCCUCAAUACCCUCAAGUUUCUCAGUAUCCUCAAACUCCUCAGAACCCUCAGAUGCCAUCAAAUCCUCAACAGCCUCAGUACCCCCAGCCUCCUCAGUACUCUCAACUUCCCCAGAACCCUUCAACACCUUCAAAGCCUCAGUACCCUCAAGCUCCUCAAUACCCCCCAACUCCUCAGAACCCUCAGAUUCCAUCAAAGCCUCAGCAACCCCAGUCUCCUCAGUACCCCCAGACACCUCAGUAUCCUCAAAAUCCUCAAGCACCUUCAAAAUCUCAAUACCUUCAACCUUUAACACCUCCUCAGCCUCCUAAUUGUGAUAUAGAAACAAAUGUGAGAAUUCCAUGUGGACUUCCUGAUAUCUCUGCUGCAGACUGUGAGGCUAGAGACUGCUGUUUUGAUGGGCAAUCUUGCUAUUUUGGAAAAGGAGUGACAGUCCAGUGUACCAAGGAUGGACAGUUCAUUGUUGUGGUGGCCAAAGACGUUACUAUACCCAAUAUUGACUUGGAAUCAAUCUCAUUUUUGGGUGAAGGUCAAGGUUGUACAUACGUCGACUCAAAUUCAGUUUUUACCAUCUACUUUUUUCCUGUUACUGCCUGCGGCACUGUUGUCAUGGAGGAGCCUGAUGCUGUAAUCUAUCAAAACAUUAUGAUGUCUUCGCUUGAAAUACAAGUUGAGCCUGAUGGUACAAUUACCAGGGACAGCUCCUAUGUGUUGUUCUUCCAGUGUAAGUACUAUGCUAGCUCAGUUGAAAGCAUGGUUGUUGAGGUGUCGCCACUUCCAAAUCCUCUUCAAGUUGCUGCUCUUGGUCCCAUCAGUAUCAUAAUGAGGCUGGCUAACGGCCAGUGCAUGACCAAGGGUUGUAAUGAAGUGACGGCUGCAUACACCUCCUACUACACUGACGCAGACUACCCUGUGACCAAAAUACUGAGGGAUCCAGUUUAUGUGGAAGUUCAGCUCCUUGAAAAGACAGAUCCUGCACUUGUUCUGACUCUUGGACGCUGUUGGGCAACCGCAAGCCCCGAGCCACACAGCCUCCCCCAAUGGGACAUUCUGGUUAAUGGAUGUCCAUAUGCAGAUGAUCGUUACCUCGCCUCACUGGUUCCAGUGGAUGCCUCCUCUGGUCUGGACUUUCCAACUCACUAUCGGCGAUUUAUUUUCAAAAUGUUUACCUUUGUAGAAUACAAUAUGGAACCCUUAAGGGAAAAGAUGUACAUUCACUGCAGCACAGCAGUGUGCGUGCCAGGACAGGGGGACAGCUGUGAACCAUCCUGCUACAGAAAAGCAAAGAGAGACACGGAGUCCGCAGAGAAGACUAAACCAAAGGUCGUAGUUUCAUCUGGAGAAAUUAUCAUCACUGCACCUAAGCAGUAA